ACCAACUGACAAUAACAAACUAUAACUGUCCACUUCCGUUCUACAUGUUAAUAAUCCGAAAUUUGUGUAUACAGUAUAUUGACCAUUGUUACGACUACCAUUGCUUUUAUUUCUCUAAAAGCAAAUACACACAUACACACAGAGUACAUACAGUGCAUAGAAAAUCACACUUGAGCACAAUAGUAGACGUACACACGCAAACACACACCUAUAUACACAUGCUCAAAGAGCAUUUUAAGCACUACAGGAACACUCAUUAACACACUCAUUUAACACAGAUAUACACAAAUGUCCCAUAAUGAUUUGUAAUUGGUCAUGGUUAGGGCAAUUAUAUUUCUUUCAAUUAUCAUUAAUUUCCUGCAUAAAUAGCAUACCAUAGUUUGACUUCAAUAUUUCAACUGAAAUAGCAUGGAAGUAAUAACUUCAAGUGACCAACUCCGUCAUAGAUCGAAUCAUCCAAUAUCUUCAUUAUACAAUGUAAAACAAAAAUUUCAAGCUUUAAGCAACAACAGUGAAAUACCGACAACUGCUUUUCCUGUUGUACACGAAAGUCGAUCCUCUACAGUGAAUAUACGGCAUAUUUCCACACCAUUCACCUAUUCACAACCAACCAGUUCAACACUGACAACGACAAAAGCCGCAGCAGAGACACUGUCUUCUUUCUCCUCUUCUCCCUUACCUGUGAAUACUUUUCCACCUAAUUCUUCUUCACAGCCAACCAGUUACCCAGUGAAUGAACCAGACUGUCUAGUGAUUCUUGAUAUUUGUACCUCUGGUAGACAGCACGAUGAAACAGGUUCUGAUGAAUAUCCGAUAAUAUUGUUGACUGCAAGAAUUCACAAUUUAAAACAAUUUGAUCAAAAUGAAGCCAAAUUUCAGCUGUUUGUCAAGCCAUGUCAAGUUAUCUAUGAUGACUUUAAGGAUCUUGGUACAUCAAGGACUAAACGACCUUAUGUCAAAUUGGAAGCUCACGAAAACUCUGCCCAACAUGAUGACAUCUCAACAACUGAUGUAACAAUGGACUCCACUGUCAACGCAAUAAAUGACAACAUGAGAAUGAUAGAACCAACUGACGAGUGUAUUGCAGUAACUGGGGUAAACGAUCAAAUCCUGGCAGAUUCUCCCCUACUUGAAACCGCCUUAAAGCAAUUUGACCAGUGGAUAGAAGAAAAUAAUCUGUAUUGCUUCAAGAAUGAUCACUCUACAUGGAGCUGGAAGGCUCAAGAAACAAACUCAGAGUCUCACUGUCCAGAUCAGUUAUCUCCUACGAAUACGACGACAGCAUCAACAACAACAACAAAAAUGGACUGUGACGAAAAUCUAAGAAGUUUCAUUCUGCUAGUGGAUGGACCGUAUGGCUUGCGUUUGUCACUUCAUCCAGAGACCACAGUAAAAUCAAUCGCCUUAACAGAAUACCCGUAUUUUUAUCAGUUUAUUGAUAUCAAAAAGUCUUUCACCAAAUUCUACGGAUUAAAUUCUAUCCCCAAAACAACCGAUGAAAUGUUAAAGUAUUUGCAAAUAGAUGAUGAAUACUUACCACCUUUCUUAAAUCAUCACUUUACUGAAUCGUUUUUCUUGCCGCCUCAGAAUGAUAAAUCUGACUGUUUAUUAGCAUGUGAAACAUCCAGCAGUCAUUAUGAAUGUCAGUAUUCCAGCCAGCAUGCCGAAAAGCCUGAAACUACUUCCAGCAGUCAACGAGGUCAGCCUAACUUUGCUAUUACCAGUGAAUCAGAUGACGAAGAUAAAAACUAUGUUGAAACUAACUAUAAAUCUACUGAACCAGGUUACUGGCCUAAUCAGCAUUGUCAAGUGUUGAUUAAACUGGUCAGGAAAAUGACUUCAGAUGGAAUGAAAUGGGGAGACUUCGAAAAAAUUAAUCGUGAUUACUAUCCAGCAAUAAUACGCAAAUCAGACGAUAUCAGUGAUAAUGUUGUCGUCCGGGCUCGAGGAUUACCAUGGCAGGCCACAGACUUGGAAAUUUUUCAGUUUUUUAGCGGUAUCAAUAUUGCCAAAGGUGGAAUAUCAUUAGUACUGAGUAAGAUUGGUCGAAGAAACGGAGAGGCGCUAAUUCAAUUCGCCGAUUCAGAACAACAAGGCUUAGCUUUACGAAAGCAUAAGCAUCAUGUUGGCAAAAGAUACAUUGAGGUCUACGCUGCAACAGGUCACGAUUUUGUGUCCGUAGCUGGAGGUGAAACUGAAGAGGCAGAAAAGUUUCUUGGAAAACUGACGACACCCAAUCAGACACUGAUCAGAAUGCGUGGUCUACCCUACACAACAACAUCAGAACAAAUUCUAACAUUUUUCGCCAACACCAACUGUUCAGUACAAUUUGGCGCCGAUGGAAUCCUAUUUGUAAACAGACGUGAUGGUCGAGCAACUGGUGAUGCAUUCGUCAUCUUUGAAACAAAACAAAUUGCCGAGAAAGCUCUUGAAAAUAACAAACAACACAUCGGAAAUCGUUAUAUUGAAUUGUUCAAGUCAACUCCGGCUGAAGUGAAUCAGGUUAUGAAUGGUAUUUUAAAUCCAACCUGCGAAGAACAAGUGCACUAUUGGAACAGUUUAACAGAAAGUACUAACAGCAUAUUCAAUACGAUCGGUACUGCUUACAUUCCACCAUUCAAUGAAGCCAGCGGUUUACUUUGCCCAAAUUACAACUUGAAACUACUCACUGGUCAACCGAAUAUCUCAGAUUUAACAUUCUCUCCUCAUAUAUUUCCACUGAAUUCGCAUUCUCCAUACAUCAGUGAACUGUCACACUCAAAUUUAUCACAAAAUGGAAAUUUGUGUGUGCAACGUCUUUUACCGAAUACAUCUACAAAUAACUUGCCAGCAGCCACGUUAACCUCAGAUCCACUCAUUAAUUUCAGCAGUUUAGAUUUUUUAAACAACUUUUCAGGUGGGAUUAACACAACAGCAUCGAAUAUCUUGCCGACAAGUCAACGUGCAACAGAUUACCACAGACCUAUUACACUGCAUUCAUCAAGUCACCUUGGUCCAACAUUAGUUCUGCCAAGAUAUCCAAUAAGUCCAUUACCAGUGACCAAUAGUGUCAGUAGUAUUAGUGCAACAGAUAACAUGAAUAAUCAUUUACUUAUACCAGACGCAAAUAAUCUACAGUUACUACAGAUUUAUGGGCCCAAUGGUACAAAUGCUGUAAUGCCUACCACUCCUGCUGUAACCAGUACUACUGCCUCUUCUAACAAUAACAACAUUAAUAGUAACAGUAACAAUAAUAGCAUCAAUAAUCUAGGACUAUUGACCAACUUCCCGAACUUUGGUUUAUCUGUUGAACAAAUCGCUAAACGAUUUGUACGUAUAUGCGGAAUGCCGGUGAAUGCGGAUAUUACAGAUAUCUUGGUAUUUCUUCAAGAAAACUGGCGUAAUGUAGCUAUACAUGGAAUACACCUAGUGUAUGACGUGACGGGCCAACCAAUUGGAGAGGCUAUGAUCCAAUUCGUGUCUGAGUUAUCAGCUCAAAAUGUUUGUGAACAGAAACACGGAAGUGUCUUCAUUAAAUAUGGUCUGCCUAUACCGAUAACUACACGUGUUGAUGUGAUUCAAUGUACAGUAGAAGACUUGAGUCAACUGAUUUCUAAUAUGUCAAGAAAUUCAGCAGUUGGUGGAUCUCUGUCCAAUCUGACUUCAUCAACAUCAUCCAGUUUAAUCAAUCCAUUGGCGUUCGCUCCACUGCAUACUCUAGAUGAGUCAACAGCUAUUCACGGGGUUUACGACUGUAUUCCACAAACAGUGCCACUCACAUCACAGACAGGAUUUGGUAUUACACGAUCGAAUCUAUUACGAAUUCGAAGUCCAGAUAUCAACUGGACGCCAUAUUUAAAUAUCAGAGAGUUAAAUAAUUUCGACGUACCACCUCCGCCUUUACCCAAUUCAUCCAGUAACCUGACUGGUCCAAAUAAUACAUUUUCUCUACCGACGCCUUUCAUCAAUAACAUAACCAAUGCAUUGGUACAAUGUACACCUUCAUUAUCAAAUAUAUUGGGAUUUCAUAUACCAAAUUUAUUUUACCAAACAACAAUUCCUAACAUCUAUACAAAUAACUCACUGAACUUUGAAUCAGCUGGGAUGCUUUCAUCUCAGAUCUCAUAUUCAACAGGCAGUAAUGAUAUUAACAGCAAUUCUAGCAAUAGUAAAAGUUUGCCUGAGUCAAAAUCCAGUUCAAAUUGGACCAAUUCAUGGUCGAACAAUCCGAUAGAAGGCGUUGACUUGAUGAAUAUACCCGAUAUUCAUAUGUACAAACCAAACGAUGUUAUACCUUCGAAGACAGAGAAUAAAGUGUUAACUGUGAACAUUAAAGGUUUACCGAAAGAUAUGUCGAUUAGUGAUUUCACUAAUUGGUUAGAGGAGAAAAUUAAGAAUUUGAAGAUAAUGUCUAUACAUUUCGAGCAUUCAUUGAGUGAACUAUCUAGCGGUAAUGCAAAACUUUAUCUUCAAAGCAGUUCGGAUGCAGAAUUAAUUGUCCAAGAGUUCAAUAACACUAUAAUAAACAAUUUUCAAAUCAGUGCUGAAAUUAACUAA